CCUACCUACUGCAAAUUAUUUUAGACCUCUUUUCUCAUAUUGAUACUGAACUGCAAAUUUUUCGACCCCCACGGUGUCACAAUGUUACAUGACAGUGUAUUACAGUUCGAACACUUACCACUACUCCCACAAGCCACGCCGCCGCUAUCCAACCUUAUCAGAUCGAUCAAUCUCACUUGGUUGAGUGCCUUAUACGCGGCGGUCACUACUGUGAUCCUCAUCCCAGCUUCUAUUGUCAUAUACCGUCUAUACUUCCAUCCCCUCGCUAAAUAUCCUGGGCCGAGGCUAUGGGCAGCCUCACGUCUCCCAUUCGCCUAUACCAUGACCACUGGUCUCCUACCAUAUAAGAUUCACGAGUUCCAUGAGAAGUACGGCCCUAUUGUCCGCUUGGCUCCGAACGAGAUCUCCUUCACGAAUGAAGAAGCAUGGGCGGAUAUUUACGAAAAGCCCCGGGGCUUGCCUCAACUGCAAAAGGAUCAGACGCAGCUUUACCUUGCCCCGGGUUUAGCCAAAAGCAUUCUCACCGAGCCCAGUGAUGUUGCGCAUGGUCGAAUGAGGCGCAAUUUCGCCCACGCUGUUGCGGAGAAGACCCUUCGAGAGUCGGAACCUAUAUUGCUUAAAUACUUUGACAAGCUGAUUGGAAGACUCCGGGAAAACGUUGACAAGCCUAUCAAUAUAAUCAGUUGGUACGAAUAUACGCUUUUCGAUACAAUUGGAGACUUGUUGUUUGGCCAGCCCUUCGACUGCUUAGAAAGGUCAUCGUCACACUUCUGGGUGGCUCUUCUCUACACUUGGGUCAAAGGUGCUACUUUCCUGGGCAUGGCUGAACGUUUCCCUCCACUGAUUAACGUCGUCAUGCGGCUACUGCCCAAGCAUCUCAGAGAGUCUGAGAUCACGCAUCGAAAGCUAACUAUAGACAUGCUUGACCGACGUAUGAAGGCUACUGAUCCUCGUCCAGACUUCCUAAGUCGGGUUCUUGAAUUCGCGGACACGCCAACGGGCAUGACCUACUCCGAGAUCAUGGAGUCUAGCAAAGUGAUUAUGGUUGGCGGGGCAGAGACCUCGGCCUCGGCUCUCUCAGCCAUAACGUACUAUCUCCUGAGCACGCCCUCCGCGAUGGCCAAGCUCACCGCCGAGAUCCGCAGCGCCUUCAAGUCCGAAUCCGAGAUCAACAUGGCCAGCGUCCAAAGCCUCAAAUACACCCACGCCGUCAUCCACGAAGGCCUACGCCUCUUCCCCCCUCUCCCCGGCAGCAUGCGUCGCAUCGUGCCCGCCGAGGGUCGUCUUAUCGCCGGCCACUACAUGCCGGGCGGCACCAUCGUCGUCGUCGACACGUACGCCGCGGGGCGUUCAUCGCGCAACUUCACGCGCGCGACCGAGUUCUGCCCGGAGCGCCAGCUGGGCAGCGAUCCCGAGUUCCAGCACGACAAGCUGAAAGCGAUCCGGCCGUUCUCGGUCGGGCCACGCGAUUGUCUCGGCAAGAGUCUGGCGCUCGCCGAGAUGAAGAUCAUUCUGGCUCGCGUCGUCUUUAACUUCGACUUGCAGCUUCUUGAUCAGGAGAAGGAUUGGUUGGCUGGCAUCCCCGUGUAUACGUUCUGGGAGAAGCCGCCGCUGAUGGUGAAGCUUAGUCAUGCUGUUCGAUGAGUUUGUGUGCGUGGGCAUGUCUGUUUAUGCUGGAGUCUGUCGUUACCUGUACCGUGCGUAAGCCGGUGAUCUUUGAUGUUGUGAUUCUGGUGGGUUUGCCGCUGAUGAUGCGUUGGUUUCUUGCUUGGUUUCUCGCUUGGUUUUCGGGUUCACAUGGAGCGCUUCUUGUCAUUCGCUUUGAUGAGUAUGUGUAAUACUCCUAGAUCUGUCUGAUGAUUUAUGAUUAAUGAAAUGAUGAGAGUUUGCCCCUUUUACG